UUCUCGCUUUGGCGCUGAGAUUGAGAAAAGGGAACUCUCACGAAACUCAACUCUUUCUCUCUCCCUCACCCUCUUCGCACCCCAAUCCCCAACCCAUUUCAGAUCAAACCCUUCUUCUUCCUCGCACUGCUUUUCCCAUUCGCUGCCGACUCACACCCACAACUUACUAGGCUCACAUUGAAACUAUAGUGGUGGAUGCUGCGGUGGUGCGUGUUUCUUAAGACCUAUGACUAGUCCAACUAGAGAAUUGACCAGCCAUAGCGACGGUACCGCGGAGCGGAUGGGAACUGAACAAUGUGAAUUUUCUGAAAAAACACUGAUAGGCUCUGAAUGUUUAGGCAGAGAACAAAAGGAGAUUGAUACUGUGUUGGCCAGUUCAGUUAUUGACGAAAAAUCAAAUCAAGUUUCUGCCAAUGUGGCGGAGAAUUCUGUUAUUCUGCUGGCCGCCCCACCGCAACAUGAUUUGGAAAAGACUUGUCAGACUGUAGAAGGCUCAAGCCUUCAACAAAGUACUGGUGAACAAGCCUCUGUUCCUUUAUCUAAUGACCAGCCUGAAAACAAAUGCCAACCAUUGUCUGAAAAUGUUCUAAGUGAACCCUUAGAAUCCGUUCCUACCUCUGCUGAUGAUGGCCAAAUGCAAUCCAGUGCGGCUCAAUUGAAUGCGAGUUCUGCGAAUGAAUUGUUGGAUCCCCCUUCUGGAGAUGUUGUGAACAAUAUUAGUUCCAAUUGCUCAGAAAGAAUGUCAAUUAGUCCAACUCAUUUGCAAUUGAGGCGCAGGGGUAAAAAGAACUCUAAAUUAUUGAAGAAGUAUAUGCUACGGUCAAGUGACAGAGCUUUGCGUUCAAGAACAAAAGAAAAACCUAAAGAACCCGAACCAAGUAGUAAUUUGGUCGAUGGUAAUAAUGAUGGAGUGAAGAAGAAAAGUGGGAGGAAGAAGAAAAAGAAACGAGAGGAGGGAAUUACUGAUCAAUAUUCUAGAAUCAGAUCUCACUUAAGAUAUUUAUUAAACCGAAUAAGUUAUGAGAAAAGCUUGAUUGAUGCUUAUUCUGGUGAGGGCUGGAAAGGAUACAGUAUGGAAAAGUUAAAGCCUGAGAAGGAGCUUCAGCGGGCUAAGUCUGAAAUUCUUCGACGCAAAUUAAAAAUUAGGGAUCUAUUUCGAAAUUUGGAUUCAUUGUGUGCUGAGGGAAAGCUUCCAGAAUCUUUGUUUGAUUCUGAGGGAGAGAUUGACAGUGAAGAUAUAUUCUGUGCAAAGUGUCAGUCCAAAGAGUUGAGCACUAAUAAUGAUAUAAUUCUCUGUGACGGUGUUUGUGACCGUGGAUUUCACCAGCUCUGUUUGGAUCCUCCAUUGUUAACUGAAGACAUUCCGCCUGAUGAUGAGGGUUGGUUAUGCCCUGGAUGUGAUUGCAAAGACGACUGCAUGGACCUUGUCAAUGACUCCUUUGGAACUAAUCUCUGUAUUAGUGACCCCUGGGAGAGGGUCUUUCCUGAAGCUGCUGGAAAUAAUAUGGACAACAACUUGGGACUUCCAUCUGAUGAUUCUGAUGAUGAUGAUUAUAAUCCUAAUGGUCCAGAGGAUGUGAAUGUUGAAGGAAAUGAGUCAAGUUCUGAUGAAUCUGAGUAUGCUUCUGCUUCUGAGAAACUGGAGGGUUCACAUGAGGAUCAAUACUUGGGCCUUCCAUCUGAAGAUUCUGAUGAUGGUGAUUAUGAUCCCGAAGCCCCAGAUGUCGACUGUAAAGUCAAUGAAGAAAGUUCAAGCUCUGAUUUCACAUCUGACUCUGAGGAUCUUGCUGCUGCAAUUGACGAUAACACGUCCCCUGGACAGGAUGGAGACAUAUCUGCAUCAUUGGAUGAUGUUAAGUACUUGAAAAGUUCUAGCAAACAAAAGGGUAAAGUUGGUAAGAAGCUACCUAUGGCUGAUGAACUGUCAUCUUUAUUACAGCCAGAUUCUGGCCAAGAGGGUUCCUCUCUUGUUUCUGGAAAAAGACACGUGGAAAGGUUGGACUACAAAAAGCUGUAUGAUGAGACGUACCACAGUGAUACUAGUGAUGAUGAUGAUUGGACUGACACUGCUACUCCAAGUAGAAAAAAGAAACUCACCAGCAAUGUGACUCCACUGUCACCAAACGGAAAUGCUCCAAAUAAUUCUGUGCAUGUUCCUAAGAGGAAUGCCCAUCAGAAUAAAGCUGAAAAUAUAAAUAAUUCACCCACUAAAUCACGUGAUGGCCGUGUGAAAUCUGGUUCUAGGAAUAGAAAGUCUGGAUCUUCAACACACAAAAGACUAGGAGAAGCUGUAGUUCAGGUAAUGAGACUCCACAAAUCGUUUAAAGAAAAUCAGUAUCCAGAUCGAACAACAAAAGAAAGAUUGGCACUAGAACUAGGGCUUACUUAUCAGCAGGUUACCAAAUGGUUUGACAAUACACGUUGGAGCUUCCGUCAUUCAUCACAAAUGGAAACGAAAUCAGGUAGAAAUGCUUCACAACAAGCUACUGAUGGCAGAACUGAAAAUGAGGAGAGGAAAUGUGAAUUAAUGUCCCCGGAGCUCAGUGGAGAAAAAUCAAAAACCCCAAGCUCUAGAAAAAGGAAACAUUUCUCAGAACCCCAAGCAUCUGAAGCACGACUGGAUAUCAAUGGAUCAGCAACAAGUUCACCAAAUGCUCAUGAAAUUCAAACAAGCAAUAAAAUGAAGACAAGGAAAAGGAAAUGAUACUUCAUUAAAAACUCGUGUUUAACCUUUUACCAAGGCUUCAAAUUAAAGUAUCCAUCUUUUUGUGAGAUUGAGAUCCCAUGAGAAUUGUGAUGUUCUGCUCGGAUCUCGAUGGAGUUGUUUCAUUCAGGAAGGUAACCAUAACUGUGUGCCAUUGUUUGUAAUUUUAAAAUUAGCUCUCCAGGUAUUGAUCUCAGGUGAGUUUUAGUGUUGCCCCUCGUGCAAACACUAAAAUAGUUCAGUUUAAUAGUUUUAAAAUUUAGAUUUUUUUAAUUACAGAGACCCCAUUCCUUGUUCCAAAUGAUGUUUUUUUUUCUUUGAA